CGCCUGCCCAAGGAGAGCCUCUACAGCCCCCCCAUCGUCAUCAAGGUCCUGGACAACCGUCCCUUCGGGCGCCGGCCCGUGGUGGGACAGUGCUCCGUGCGCUCCCUGGAGCCCUUCCGGUGGGAUCCCUCCGGCCAGGACACCGCCCGGCCCCCCGGGCACGGAGACGACGUGAGCCUCACGCCCGGGGACGACGUCCUCAUCGACAUCGACGACAAGGAGCCCCUGCUCCCUGUCCAGCUUGCCGAGGGCGUGACCAGCUCUGCACUAAUUACCCUCCCUCCCGCCGGGGCCCCGCCUCCCAAGAUCCCGUGGGAGGAAGAAUUCAUCGACUGGUGGAGCAAGUUUUACGCUUCCAUAGGAGAGAGGGAAAAAUGCGGCUCCUACCUGGAGAAGGGCUUGGACACCCUGAAGGUCUACGAGACGGAGCUGGAGGAGCUGGAGGAGUUCGAGCACCUCUGUGACUUCUGCCACACCUUCCCCCUGCUCCGGGGCCGGAGCCGCGACUGCGGCGACGACCCCUCGGUCGUGGGGGAGUUCAAGGGUUCCUUCAGGAUCUACCCCCUUCCCGAGGAUCCGCGUGUGCCGGCGCCGCCCCGGCAGUUCCGGCAGCUCCCGGCGCGGGGCCUCCAGGAGUGUCUGCUCCGGGUCUACAUCGUCAGGGCCUUCGACCUGCAGCCCAAGGACCCCAACGGGAAGUGCGAUCCCUACGUGAAGAUUUCCGUGGGAAAGAAAUCCAUCAACGACCAGGAGAAUUACCUGCCCUGCACCCUGGAGCCUGUCUUUGGGAAGAUGUUCGAGCUGAGCUGCACCCUGCCCCUGGAGAAGGACCUGCGGGUGGCCCUGUACGACUACGACCUGCUGUCCAAGGACGAGAAGAUCGGGGAGACCGUCAUCGACCUGGAGAACCGUUUCCUGUCGCGCUACGGGGCGCGCUGCGGGCUGCCCCAGACCUACUGCGUCUCCGGGCCCAACCAGUGGCGGGACCAGCUCCGCCCUUCCCAGCUGCUCCACCUCUUCUCCCUGCAGCACAACUACAAGGCUCCCACCUACAAAUCCGACCGGAUCAUCUUCAGGGAUCAGGAGUACGUCCUGUCUGAGCAGGGUAAGGGCACUGGGAGCUUUUGGGAUAGCGGAGUUUCCUUUGUCCAGAGCAAGGGGUGGCUGGUGGGGCACGAGGAGAACAAGCAGAAGACAGACGUGCACUACAGGUCCAUGGGGGGAGAGGGCAACUUCAACUGGAGGUUCGUCUUCCCCUUCGACUACCUGCCGGCCGAGCAGAUGUGCCACGUGGCGAAGAAGGAGCAUUUCUGGAGCUUGGACAAGACAGAAAACAAGAUCCCACCACAGCUGAUCCUCCAGAUCUGGGACAACGACAAGUUCUCCUUCGACGACUAUUUGGGCUCCAUCCAGAUGGACCUCAACAGGAUGCCCAAACCUGCCAAGACGGCCGAGAAGUGCUCCCUGGAGCUGGUGGACGACACCCUGUCCUCCAACCACUUCGUGUCCCUCUUCGAGCAGAAAACUGUCAAGGGCUGGUGGCCCUGUGGGGCUGAGCAGGACCACAAGAAGAUCCUGGCGGGCAAACUGGAGAUGACUCUGGAGAUCGUGGCGGAGCAGGAGCACGAGGAGCGCCCGGCUGGGAUGGGGAGGGACGAGCCCAACAUGAACCCCAGGCUGGAGGAGCCCAAGCGCCCGGAAACCUCCUUCCUGUGGUUCACCUCCCCCUACAAGACCCUCAAGUACAUCCUGUGGAGGAGGUACAAGUGGAUGCUGAUCCUGCUCAUCCUCCUCUUCAUCCUGCUGCUCUUCCUGGGGAUCUUCAUCUACUCCUUCCCGAACUACGCUGCCAUGAAACUGGUGAAACCCUUCAACUGAGCGGGGCCGGCGUGGGAGCUCCGGGGAUUCGGGAACUGGGAUUCGGGAGUUGGGAUUCGGGAUUUGGGAUUUGGGAAGGACCUGCGGCUCUGGAUCCCGGCAGAGGGGGGAGAAGGACCCCCCUCCCCCAGGCUCUGGACGGCUCCCAGGAUGGACACACCAAUUCCUGGCUGGAGAAUCCGCCUGGGAAUGUCACGGACCCAACCCUGCCCGGGGAGCUCUCGCUGUGCGUCCUGCUCGGGUGCAUUUGCUUGGAUCUUG